GUUUUGCCCUUUAAAAAUAUCGUGGUGAUAUCUCUGGCCACGUAGUUUUCUUUCAUCUUCUUUCGAAACUAAAUGGAAAAUUACGCACGUUAUGACGAUCAACGUCAUUAUGGUGAUGAAGAAGAAAAGAAUGGGCUUUUUCAAGUCGUACAAUGUCCUACAGAUGCUGCAGCUUUAACAAACUUCGCUUAUGUUGCUCCUGGUACCAUUGACCCUAAAGUCCAUUAUAUUACUGUCGCUCGUGAAUUUGUAUUCUCUGUCAGGUUGGACAGAGGAAUGCAAAAAGGGCAAAUCGGUAUUAAUGGUGUCCACCGUCGUUGGGCCAGUUUUUCGGUCGGUCAAGAAGUUACAGUUGAACCUUACGACAUUCAUUCCGAGGGAAUGGAUAUUUAUCUUGGUAUUCUUAAGUUAGACAUUGACUUUUUCCAAAGAAGCAGUAGAUACCCUGACGAGUUUAAGGAAGAAGAUUUGGCAAAGGCCUUUUCUAUUAACUUCAAUAGUCAAAUUUUUACCAAGGGACAAUUCUUUGUAUUUGAAUAUUGUGGUAUUAAAUUUAGAGUAACAGUAACUGAUCUGGACGUGGUGGACUUAAAUGUGCUGAAGAAGGGCGAGGUAGAUGCCCGUCGUGAAACACAGUCCAAUGCUGUCCGUGGUAUUCUCAUGCGCGAGACCAACAUUGAAUUCUCAAAGCUUGAAGGUUCAUUUGUUAACUUGAAGGUUUCCCGAAAGAAGGCUAUGACUGCCAAGGCCUUAAUCAAACCUGACUUUCAGUUUGAAGACCUCGGUAUUGGUGGUUUAGAUGAUGAAUUCAAUGCAAUUUUCCGUCGUGCAUUUGCCUCGCGUAUUUUUCCACCUGCACUUGUUGAAAAACUGGGUGUGCAACAUGUCAAGGGUAUCUUGCUCUAUGGUCCACCGGGUACAGGUAAAACUUUGAUGGCCCGUCAAAUUGGCAAAAUGUUGAAUGCAAAGGAACCUAAAAUUGUCAGUGGCCCUGAGGUAUUAUCCAAAUUUGUGGGUCAAUCCGAAGAAAAUGUUCGUAAGUUAUUCGGUGAUGCUGAAGAAGAAUACAGAGCAAAGGGCGAAGACUCUGGUCUUCAUAUUAUUAUAUUUGAUGAGUUGGAUGCCAUUUGUAAAUCUCGUGGUAGUAGAAGUGGUGAUACCGGUGUAGGUGAUUCCGUCGUAAAUCAACUUUUGGCUAAAAUGGAUGGUGUCGAGCAAUUGAACAAUAUCCUAAUUAUUGGUAUGACAAACAGAAAGGACAUGAUUGAUGAAGCUUUGCUGCGUCCCGGUCGUCUUGAAGUGCAUAUGGAAAUCGGUUUGCCUGAUGAAAAAGGCCGUCUCCAAAUUUUAAAAAUUCAUACUGCUAAAAUGAAAACAAACGAUGUUUUGGAAGAUGAUGUUAGUCUUGAUGAGUUGGCAGAGUUAACUAAAAAUUACAGUGGUGCUGAAAUUUCUGGUGUCGUUAAGGCCGCAUCUUCCUAUGCCUUUAGCAGGCAUAUUAAAGUCGGUACUAUGGCUGGUAUAUCCGCUGAUGUCGAAGAUAUGAAAGUCAGUAUGGACGAUUUCUUAAACGCGCUUAAGGAAGUGACACCUGCUUUUGGUGUAUCUGAAGCUGAAUUACAACAAUGUGUUGCAAAUCAUAUCAUUCCUUUUAGUCCAUCCGUUAAACAAGCUUUGGUUGAUGGUAGACUAUACGUUGAUCAAGUACGUCAGUCUUCUCGUACCCCCUUAGUUAGUGUUCUUUUGACUGGUCCUGCCGGUAGCGGUAAGACUGCUCUUGCAGCCACUAUUGCUAUGCAAAGUGACUUUCCCUUCAUCAAGUUAAUUUCUCCUGAAACAAUGGUUGGAAUGACUGAAGCCUCGAAGGUGACUGAAAUUAACAAGAUCUUUAACGAUUCAUACAAAUCUCCUCUCAGUGUGAUUGUUAUUGAUUCCAUCGAGCGUCUUUUAGAUUAUGUACCAAUCGGCCCUCGUUUCUCUAACUCCGUUUUGCAAGCGCUUUUGGUAUUAUUAAAAAAGAAACCCCCAAAGGAUCGUCGUUUAUUGAUCUUGGCCACAACUACUCAACAUAAUAUUUUGGAGCAAAUGAACAUGACAGAGGAGUUUUCGGCCGAGAUCUAUGUACCCACCAUCACAUCUUUAGAAGGUGUUGAUAUUGUGUUACAACAAUUAGAGCUAUUCGAUGAUGAACAAAGAGAAAGGGCUCUUUCUAUUCUCAGAAAUGCAAAUAUGGACCAAAAAUUAACAAUCGGUGUAAAGAAGUUAUUGAUGGUCAUUGAAAUGGCUAGACAAGAUGAAGAUAAGGUGGACAAGUUUGUCAAUACCAUGUUGGCAUUGUAAAGCCAUGAUUGUAAAUUUAAAUAAAUCAAAAAAUCAAGAGCCCUUUUUGGAGCUAGGAUUAAUGAUUACGAAAAUACAAUUCGUAACCACAAAAUUACGUUAGAUUUCUACAUAUGUCUACCUGCUUAGAUGGAUGAGGAGCAUAGCCUAUGGGAAAAAAAUAUUGCAAUGGUGCUAAACCUUGUAUUCGUACACCUGCUGAAUUGAUUAAUCAUCGAAGAUUUUCGGGGAAAAUAAUUUAGUCCUACCGGAAGAUUUAAACUUUCCGCGCAAGUUUAUGCCAUAUAAACG